CUCUUGUCUGGACCGUCUAGCGGGAUUCAAGCACUGGAAUAUGAUGGAGACUGGCUCGAGACUGAUGAAAGCAAAUAUUCUAAAGUUUCUGUAUUUGACUUCUCCUUAUAUCAUAUUAUUAUGGUUAUGCAACCGACGGCAUCCUCUUCCAAUCUCACCUUUCAGUCUCUCUGCUUUCUCCAAAUCAAGCAAACCCUUCUUGUUAUUUUCGAAGAUUGACCUUUCAAUCUCACUCCCACACCCUUCGGUAAGAAUCAAAACCUUAUGGUCGUUUACUUUAAGAUCCUAUUGGAGAAAAGUUUCAAAUUUUGAGUAGUUUUUCUUUGCCAAUGUGUACGUGGGAAGCGUAUGAUUUUUGCAUCUUAUGGCUAGAUUUUGAUGUUCCAUUGUUUGGAUUGCUCUAAGAUGAUACUGGGGAAUACUGGGCAUGCUAUAUUUAGUUGCAAAUUUUUGAGUUUAGGAGUUUUCGGAUUCGAAUCUUUAUGUGAAAGUGGGGUGUAGUUUGUGUCGAAUUAGUGGAAAUAAAAAUACCCAGGAGGUAUUUUUGACAUUUUUUUGUGGGAUAGAUGCAACUGAGCUCAUUGCCAAUGGAAGAAGGCAACGAACCUACUGUUAAGACCAGACCAACCCAAUCUAGGGUUGCCCGACAGAGGCUGCUUCGGUUACUUGUACCUUUCCUGGUGUUAUGUGUUGCCAUUUCAUUCAUUAGCCUAUAUAUGAUUAGGUACUUUGGAGUUCAACCCACACUGCCCACGGCACUAGCGAGUUUCCAAACGUGUGUAAACGUGGAGGAGCGGAAUAAAUUAGAUUUAGAACACUGGAUCAGGCCUCCAUCCAAUUUGCUUCACAACAUGACUGACACAGAGCUGUUAUGGAGGGCGUCAUUUGUUCCGCAAAUAAAGGAGUAUCCAUUUGCAAGGGUUCCAAAGAUUGCUUUCAUGUUCUUGACCAAGGGGCCAUUGCCAUUGGCACCUCUUUGGGAGAGGUUUUUUAAAGGGCACAAGGGGCUAUAUUCCAUCUAUAUUCAUGCAUUGCCAUCGUUCCAAGCUGAUUUCCCAUCCUCGUCAGUUUUCUACCGGAGGCAGAUACCGAGCCAGCUGACAGAAUGGGGGACGAUGAGUAUGUGUGAUGCAGAGAGAAGACUUCUGGCUAACGCAUUGCUCGAUAUCUCCAACGACCGGUUUGUGCUCGUCUCUGAAUCAUGCAUCCCCAUCUACAACUUCAAUAUCGUCUACCCCUACCUAACGAAAUCCAACCACAGCUUCAUGGGCGUAUUCGACGACCCGGGCCCGUUCGGGAGGGGUCGCUAUAGCUAUAACAUGGCACCUGAGGUCAACAUCGCAGAGUGGCGUAAAGGUUCCCAAUGGUUCGAAAUCAACCGAAAAGUCGCAAUCUACAUCACGGAAGACACCAAAUUUUAUCCGAAGUUUUUGGAGUUCUGUAGACCCGCCUGUUACGUGGACGAGCAUUACUUUCCGACCAUGUUGACGAUUCAAGCGGGGGAUCUCUUGGCCAACAGGAGCAUCACCUGGGUGGAUUGGUCGAGGGGUGGGCCCCACCCGGGCACGUUUGGAAAGGCGGAUAUCACAGAGGAGUUCUUGAAGAGACUACUUGAAGGUGAGACCUGCCUUUAUAACAACCAGACGUCUUCAGUGUGCUUCCUUUUUGCAAGGAAAUUCGCUCCGAGUGCGUUGGAGCCUCUGCUCCUCGUUGCACCCAAGUAUUUUGGUUAUUGACAUUCGACAGGGAAUGGAUACUGUCAGUGGUGCUAGGAAUUUGUGGUUGGACUAUGGAUUUGUGGAAAGAUAGGAAUUUUGAGAAAGAUCGAAGUCUUCCGGAGAACUUGGCGCAUGUCUGCGCACGUGAAAGGAUUCUUUCGUCGUGAUUUUCUCUGUUUGUAUGAUUUAUCUGUUGUAUACUACCAGCAGUCGAGGCGGUAUCAUUUGCGAUGAGAGAAAUUUUCAGAUGUUGAGAAAUCUAGCAGUUGAUUCUUGUAUGGUAUUAGUUGUAUUCUUUUACUAUUGGUUUCUGGGAAUUAUUACUACCUUCAUUCUCAUGUCAGCUUCUUUU